AAAAUGAGUCCAUGCACCUUUAGCUUUUCUUAGCCCACAAAAAGCCUUCCCUUCUCCCACCCCGGUGCCAACGACUUCUCCAGCCCAUUUCCAACAGUCCAGCUUUUUUCCAGACCUCUCCGUGCUUUCGUUGGACGGAGAAGGCACAAGAGAGGAAAAAAAGGGGAAACCAAUUCACUCUUGUUUACAAGGAGUGAGCAAGUCUAGGGAUCGGUCCGCGAGGGCGGAGCCGAGGGAGCCGGCGCUUCUUCAUCCUUUCCCCUCCCUCCCCUGCCUUCCCCGCGAGCGGACGCGGCAGCGCCUCUGUCUCGCUUUUUCUUAUUUUCCCCCCCUUUUCCCCUUCCUUUUUUUUUUUUUUUUUUUUCUUUUUCCUCCCCUUCCCCCCUUUCACCAUUUCCCCUCGGAGGUGCUUCCCCCGGGCAGGGGCAGAGCCGGUCUCACCCCCCGCCUCUCCCCGGCCCCCGCCGCCCUAUGGCGAGAGGGAACCCCCUCCCCACCCGGGCACAAGCGGCGGUUGGAGGAGCGGGACCCGCGGCGGCGGCUUCAGGUCCGGGGGCGUCAUGGAACUAAUUCGCUGACCGACCCACCGGCCGCAGCCGUGCGUCCCGCUCGAGCGCCAGCGCCCUCCGGCCCAAUUCCCCCUCUUCUCCCUCCUCAGUCGGCCCGGUCCUCGUCACGCGCGCCCCGCCGCCGCGCGCUGAGAAAAAUGAGGUGGUAACGGGCCCCCGGAUGACCCCGCGUCACCACUGUGAGGCCUACAGCUCUGCCGGGGAGGAGGAGGAGGAGGAGGAAGAGGAGGAGAAGGUAGCUACAUCAAGCUGGGUGGCAGGCAGAUCCAAAGGAUAUCAUGAAGUUUCUAGGGCCUUUGGAAAACCAGAGAUUGUCUUUCCUGUUGGAAAAGGCAAUCUCUAGGGAAGCCCAGAUGUGGAAGGUGAAUGUGCCGAAGAUGCCUACAAGUCAGAAUGUUUCUCCAUCCCAGAGAGAUGAAGUGAUUCAGUGGCUGGCCAAACUCAAGUACCAAUUCAACCUUUACCCAGAAACAUUUGCUCUGGCUAGCAGUCUUUUGGACAGGUUCUUAGCUACUGUAAAGGCCCACCCAAAAUACUUGAGUUGUAUUGCAAUCAGCUGUUUUUUCUUAGCUGCCAAGACUGUUGAGGAGGAUGAGAGAAUUCCAGUACUGAAGGUGUUGGCAAGAGAUAGCUUCUGUGGAUGUUCUUCAUCUGAAAUUUUAAGGAUGGAGAGAAUUAUUCUGGAUAAGUUGAAUUGGGAUCUUCACACAGCCACACCAUUGGAUUUUCUUCACAUUUUCCAUGCCAUUGCAGUGUCAACUAGGCCUCAGUUACUUUUUAGUUUGCCCAAACUGAGCCCAUCUCAACAUUUGGCAGUCCUUACCAAGCAACUACUUCACUGUAUGGCCUGCAACCAACUUCUGCAGUUCAAAGGAUCUAUGCUUGCUCUGGCCAUGGUUAGUUUGGAAAUGGAGAAACUCAUUCCUGAUUGGCUUCCUCUUACAAUUGAACUGCUUCAGAAAGCACAGAUGGAGAGCUCCCAGUUGAUCCACUGUCGGGAGCUUGUGGCACAUCACCUUUCUGCUCUGCAGUCUGCCCUGCCUCUAAACUCCGUUUAUGUCUACCGUCCCCUCAAGCACACCCUGGUGACCUGUGACAAAGGAGUGUUCAGAUUACAUCCCUCCUCUGCCCCAGGCCCAGAUUUCGCCAAGGACAAGAGCAAACCAGAAGUGCCAGUCAGAGGUACAGCAGCCUUCUACCAUCACCUCCCAGCUGCCAGCGGGUGCAAGCUUACCUCUGCUAAACGCAAAGUGGAGGAAAUGGAAGUGGAUGACUUCUAUGACGGGAUCAAAAGGCUUUAUAAUGAAGAUAACGCUGCAGAAAACGUGGGCUCUGUGUGUGGCGCCGAUUUGUCAAGGCAGGAGGGACACGCUUCCCCUUGUCCACCUUUGCAGCCUGUUUCUGUCAUGUAGCUUCAGUGUUACCUUCAAGUGCAAACUAAGGUAGCCUACUCUGGGAAAGGGAAUGUGGGAAACCAGGAGAGGCUAUAUAAAGAUGCAUGUAUACCUUAUCAGGCUGAUUCAGAAUGAGCCAGAAAAAACCAUUUACUUGUAUGGCUAAUUCUAAUUCAAUAUUAUGUAACCAGUUAAAGACCAAAAAAAGUGUAAAAUUCAAGAUCAAGAAAAAAUUUUAAGUAAAUCUUUGUAGCGUUCCACCCUUUUCUCUGUUAAAAUGUAGAUUACCCUGUCAGAAAUUCACAUUCAGUGUUUAAGUUCCAAAAUUCCUAGCUAGCAAACCUUGUCCCAGAAUCCUGAUUUAAUUCUCCUCUUGCUUUUGCUUGUGUCGUUUUUGAAUACUUAAUGAAUUUUAUGCAUGUUGAUCUAUAGCCUGACUUCCACUGAUGAGGAAACCUUCAAAAUUUUUUAGCAAUUUAGUGAACAGAUUAUUUCAGUGUUGACAUUCAUGUUUAAUCCAUGAUUCAAAUUAAAAACUAAUCUGAAAAAGAUACCUGAAAACUGCCCCAUACAAAUCAGAGGUGGUAACAGAAAAAGGACUUCCAUCACCAUGUUGAUUUUCGUCUCCUUUCAAUUUCUAGAGUUUAGAAACAAAAUUAUUUCAUUUUUAUCUUAAAUUGAAGCUUAAAAGUGGCAUGUGAUUAGGACACUCUUAGAUUUGUUGAAAGCAUUUUUGACAAUUGUAUAAAAGCAUUUGUGGUAAAGUUAAUAUGUCCAGGUGCUCACCAAAGAAACAUGUAACAACUAAAAUUAGAUUUUUAAAAAAACUGAUCACUCAUUUAUAAUCAGUAGGACUGUCUAAAUGUUGGGGCAGCUCUAUGAUUUGGGUCUGUAACAUGUAAUAACUGAAUUCAGUCUCCUAGUUUAUGUUAAGCUAUUAGGAUUUUCUGGAUAAAAGUUCAUCCCCCCGCCUCCCCAGCCUACCUGUAUUUCUGUUAAUGACUUCUGGAUCCUGAGCCCCUGUGCAGUCUGAAGAAGGUAUUGCAGUCAGAACCAUGUACUGAAGAUAAAAAGCCUCUGGUAGCAAUAAAAGUUGUCCUUAACCUUUGUA